AAGACCAAGAUCAGGAUGCCAUAGGUGAAAAGAAGAUUAUGAAUCGGACAUUUCUUUCUCUUUCCCAAAUUACUGCUUUGUCAGAACAAAAUGUAGCAGGAGUUCAAAAAAAGCUGGAAGAAUUUCUGAAUUUUAAACAAUUAAAGACAUCUUUGAAAGAAGCUAUUUUGCUCGAUUAUUAUACUGCAGGAUUUUGCUGGGCUAAAGAAAUGAACUUCAGUCUUAUACAGCUCUCAGGAUUCAUGAAUCUAUUAAAUUUCCUGUUGGAGAACCUCAGUGACAAACAUAUGACCUUAGGAGAUAAUUUAAAAGAACUUGGAAAAGCAAUGGCUGGAAUAGGAGAAACUGAUUCAGAAAGAGGUGGUGACUUGAAUUUCUUCAGCAUUGAGCAAGCCAAAGCAGUCAUUGAUUACUUGAAUAUCAGCUUAUUUAAACACUAUAAACUAUAUGAAUACCUCUUCCACAGUCCUAGAGAAGAACUUGUGAUAAGUAAUGAGUAUGUGGUUGAACUUGCCCAACCUGAAGCUCCCCCCUUCCCUGCUCUGCCGGAAGAAGGCAUACCUUCGGGUAUCUAUUCGUCAUUCAUAAUAUCACCAACAAUUGCAGAGGCAGAAUCUCAGGGGUCUGAUCAUGAGGAAGAGCCUUGUCCAGAGGUAGAGUCCUUCGAGGCAGACGCUGUGGCUGGUGUCACUACUGAAGAUCAGAAGUCUGCAGUGGGUGAAAUCCCAAAUGAAAUUAUUGGCAACCUCGAGGCAGAGAUAAAUGAAAAACUGGAACUGCAAGAAGCAGCUUAUACUUUGUGA